UACACGCUGUAGCGGAGCUGCUUUUACUUUUCGAGUACUGACUGACAAUUCAUUCUUUCCGAGACUUACACACUAACCAUGGAGCCCUGAGCUCGACUGUAAGAUGUGUAAAAUCCACAUUUGCACCGAAGACUGGAGUAAUCCUCUGGCAGAAGUGAGCUAACCCACACAUGGCCUGCGAGUCGGCUUUCCGCGCCAUCAUGGACGAGCAGGCCCUCAUGGGACUGAACCCCAAUGCUGAUGCCUGCUACAGGCAGAGAGCGCUGGCAUAUUUUGAACAACUGAAGGAAUCGCAAGAUGGCUGGGAGGUGUGUGCUGAAGCAUUGGCUAAAGGCCUUUACAGUGAUGACCAUGUAAAGUUUUUCUGUUUUCAAGUUUUGGAGCAUCAGAUCAAAUACAGGCAUGGGAGUCUCACUGGGGCCCAGCAGCAGCUGAUUAGGGAGACUCUGAUGAAAUGGCUACAGUUACAGUUGAUGAGUGCACAGCCAGAAAAGCCGUUCAUCAAGAACAAGGCAGCGCAAGUGUUUGCUCUGACUUUUGUCAGGGAGUACCUGACACUGUGGCCCAAGUUCUUCUUUGAUGUGCUCUCUUUGGUGGGCCUCAACCCACACGGCCUGGACGUCUAUCUGCGCACUCUCAUGGCCAUUGACGCCGAGGUGGUUGACAGGGACAUCAUGCACUCGCCUGAGACAUUGGGUGAAAACACGCUGUCCAUUUUACAGGAGACGAGAAGGAACACACUGAUUAAGGACAACAUGCGAGAGACAUGCAUCCCGGCCCUGGUGGAGUCGUGGUACCAGAUCCUCCAGACCUAUCAGCGCAGCCACAGUGAGCUUACCUGCCAGUGUCUGGAAGUGGUUGGUGCAUAUGUCUCCUGGAUUGACCUAAACCUCAUCGCCAAUGACAGGUUUGUAAAUCUGUUGUUGAGUCAUAUGUCGGUGGAGGAGCUAAGAGAGGAAGCGUGCGACUGUUUGUUUGAAAUCGUCAAUAAGGGCAUGGACCCGGUGGACAAAACCAAACUGGUUGAAUCUCUUUCCCAAGUGCUGCAGAGUGCUGGCUUUUUCAAUGUGGAGCAGGAGGAGGACGUAGACUUCCUAGCCAAGUUUUCCCGCCUGGUAAAUGGAAUGGGUCAGGCCCUGGUGUUGAGCUGGACCAAACUCACUAAAAUGGGAGAUAUGAAGGUUUCAGCAGAAACGUUGCAGGCUCUAGAGGCCAAAAUCCCAAUUAUGUUACAGCUGCUAAUCCAUGAGGAUGAUGACAUUUCAGCCAAUAUAGUGGGCUUCUGUUAUGAAUACCUGCAUGUUCUUAAACAGCUUCCUGUUCUUACUGAUCAGCAGAAAAGUAAUACUGAGGCAAUCAUGCUGGCUGUAAUAAAAAAACUGACGUAUGAUGACGAGUACAACUUUGAAAAUGAAGGUGAGGAUGAGGCAAUGUUUGUUGAGUACCGCAAGCAGCUGAAGAUGCUGCUGGACCGCCUGGCACAAGUCUCUCCCGAGUUGUUACUGGAAUCUGUGCAUAGAGUAUUCACCAGCACCAUGCAAAACUGGCAAACAGCCCGUUUUAUGGAGGUGGAGGUGGCAAUCCGGCUCUUCUACAUGUUGGGAGAAGCCCUGCCUGCAUCACAUGGUGCUCAUUUUAGUGGCGAUGCCACCAAGGCCACCACUCUGCAAGAUAUGAUGAGGACGCUCAUCUCUUGUAGAGUAAGCGAGUACCAGCACACAUCUGUCACACUGGAGUUCUUUGAGACAGUUGUUCGCUACGACAAGUUCUUUAUCGUGGAGCCACAGCACAUUCCAAAUGUCCUGAUGGCAUUCCUGGAUCAUCGGGGUCUGAGGCACAGCAGUCCAAAAGUGCGCAGUAGAGUGGCUUACCUUUUCUCCAGGUUUAUCAAAACAUUACAUAAACACAUGAACGCCUACAUCGAAGACAUCUUAAGCCGAAUACAGGACCUGCUGGCUUUAACUCCCCCUGAGAACGGUUUUCCUGCUUUACUGAGCAGCGAUGACCAGCUGUUCAUGUUUGAAACUGCUGGUGUGCUGAUUGUACACGGUGAAAGUCCAGCUGACAGGAAGCAGGUGCUUAUGCGCAGUCUGCUCACACCGCUUAUGGAGGCGUUUCGUCUGCUGCUCGCCAAGCUUACGCAGGAGAGUGAUGAAGAUAGACAGACUGCACUUGCCGAUUGCCUCAGUCAUGCCGUGGGCUUUGCCAGCCGCACCAGCAAAGCUUUUAGUAACAAGCAGACAGUGAAGCUUUGUGGCUGCUCUGAGGUGUAUCUGGACUGCCUACAGACUUUCCUGCCUGCCCUAAGCUGCCCUGUCCAGCGUGGAGCCCUGCGCAGUGCCGUGCGCUCCUUCCUCCACCGCAUGAUCAUCUGCCUAGAGGAAGAGGUGCUGCCCUUCAUCCCCAGUGCUAGCGAGCACAUGCUAAAAGACUGUGAGCCAAAGGACCUGCAGGAGUUCAUUCCGCUCAUCAGCCAAAUCACAGCCAAGUUCAAGAGUCAGGUGUCUCCGUUUCUGCAACAGGUCUUCAUGCCCUUGGUCAUAGCCAUUUUUGAGGUUUUAGCUCAGCCAGCGGAGGAGAAUGACCAAACUGCAGCACUGGAGAAGCAGAUGCUGAGGAGAAGCUACUUCACCUUUAUACAGACCAUCGCCAGCAGUGGCAUGAAUGAAGUCAUGGCCAAUCAAGGUGCUGAAAACAUCGAGCGUGUACUGUUUACGAUCAUUCAGGGCGCCGUGGACUUCCCUGACCCUGUGGCUCAGAAGACCUGUUUCAUAAUCCUCUCUAAGCUAGUGGAGCUUUGGGGUGGUAAAGACGGCUUGGUUGGGUUUCCAGACUUUAUCUACAAACACAUCGUCCCAGCAUGCUUCAUGGCUCCUCUUAAACCCACAUUUGACCUAUUAGAUGCACAAACGAUCCUGACAUUGACCGAGUGUACGCUGACUCUGAAAAUGAUUCAUCUCAAGAGGGGGCUGGAGUUCAUUCAAUUCCUGCAGCAGGAGUACUUACCCUCUCUGCAGGUCUCACCUGAGAUCACACAGGAAUUAUGUCAAGUGCUUCAGCAGGCUGACUCCAAGGUCUUGAAAAACUACAUGAAGGCAUUUUUUCAGCGAGCAAAACUGUAAGCUCUUGCUGAACAGCCACUUCAAACAUAGACAGAGCUUAGCAUAGAAGCUGCUUUUGCACUUAAAGGGAGAAGCUUAAACCACCAAGGCCAUCCCCACCGAAAGGGAAACAUAGUGCUGAACAGGAAUCAGAAGGCCGAGCCAUCACCCAGCAUUGACCUCUGCCAAUCAGAGCCACGCUCUCCACCUGGAAUUGAGGAAAAACGUCAGUGAUUGGCCAAUUCGACAGGGCACAGCUAACAAUAGACCGCUGCAGGAGGAGGCGUUUCGGAGUGACAGAUCUGCCCUAACGUUAUCCUUUUCUAUAUGAAUAAGGAAAUAUGAGCUAUGAUCUCAGUCAAGUUUUGUAUUUGCGAGAGAGCGCUUUUGUGGUUUUACAAACGUGUAGGAAUUAAAACUGUAGAGCAUUUAAAAAAGAGAUGAUGUUUGAGUGAUUAAAACAAGUUUAUGUAAUUUGUUAUUGAGCCAUUUAAAUUUUUUUAUUUUAAACACGAUGAAUAGAAAGUGCUUUUCAUUUUGGCCCUUUGGUUCUGAAACGUUUGCCCUUUGUUGUUGGUCAGGAGUGACAAAAAUGAUACAAAUUUUAGUUACAUGGGUUGGGAUCUACUUUUCUGUUGUGGAAUAAACCUUUUUUUGUGUCUGCAUACAGAACGUGAAAUUCAGUGUAAGCCGUUAAAUCUCUCAGCGGUCUGUUAAUGCGGUUGAAUAUCGUUUUCAAACUGGGAAACAUGUCAAGGCUUAUAUUUUCAACCUGCUUAUUGUUAUGUAAUCUGUGUUAAAGCUCCAACUCUACUGUAUUAUGCAACAUUUGCUUUUACAUCACUGCCAGUAUGAGGGCUGACCUAGUAGGUCUGUGUUUUUUUUGGAUGAUCCAGCUGAUGUAGUGUGACAUUUCAGUAAGUGUGUGUGUGUAUACAUAUCACAUACACAUAUAUUUACUAGUAAUAAACAAAAUAACUAACAGGACUAUGGUUUACAAAGCUUUACAUGGUGGCUUGUGUGUUGCAGAUUGCAUGUUAUGGUCUGAAAAUGUAGCAAAUACUGCUUACAUAUAGUCAAUGUUAAGCUAAAUUAAGAUGUACACAUGGUUUUCUGUCAUGUUAUCUAGGACCCUGCAAUCUGAUAUGCAUUGAACCAUUCAGAAUAAAAAAAGAAGAUAUACAUUAUUGGAAAUUACAAAUGUUCUGAACAGAGAUUGUUCACUUUAUUUAUUGCAUCUUCCCCUAAAUCCAGUUGUGCUUCUAUUUUUAAUAAAAGGGAAGAUGCACAAUGAUCAAAGCAGCAGUAAAGUUAUGAGUGACAUGGAUGAAUUAAAAUACAGUUUAAAGCAAUUUUCAUUUAACACAUUUUUUCACUUACCUUUCAUUUAUCUUUGCUUCAUUGUAUGUAAAAUGCCAGCACACUCUCACCUUAUUAAAAAGGUCAAAUAUGUAUAUAGUUUUGUAUUCAAGUUAUGAAAUAUUUUUUAAAACUGGGUGGUCCGGAAGAGCACCAUUAAACAGAUUUUGUAGGGUCCUACUGAAAUACAUUGUUAAGCUUUGAAAAUCCGGUCUACUUUAUUAACAUGCAAUUUGCAAAAUACUAACCAACAUUUUGUUCAGUGUUAGAUUUCUGUCUUAGGUAAAGCUAAUAAACUAAACUGAUGUUAUAACCAAUAUGCAGCGUCAAAGUCCUGUCUCAAAUAUCAGUCCUAUUGACCUUUAGCUCCUUUGGUCUAUUUGACCAUAUUUCACGGGCGGCAAGGUGGUUAAGUGGGUAGCACUGUCGCCUCACAGCAAGAAGGUCCUGGGUUCGAUCCCCAGGUGGGGCGGUCCGGGUCUGUGUGGAGUUUGCAAGUUCUUCCUGUGUCUGUGUGGAGGACUUGCAAGUGAGGUGAAUUGAAGAUACAAAAUUGUCCAUGACUGUGUUUGAUAUAACCUUGUGAAAUGAUGAAUCUUGUGUAAUGAGCAACUACCGUUACUGUCAUGGAUGUAACCAAAGGGUGUAAAACAUGACGUUAAACAAACAAAAUUUCACAAUUUUCAGACCACUUCUCGACUGCAUUUUGCAUCAUCUCUUUCACACGACAGCCACCAAACUGAAAGGCUUGGAGCUACCACCUGCUUUUUCAUGCAAUGUUAUUGGCCAGGAUAAUGCUCAAUUGCACAAGCUCACACAUGUCUGGGAUUGGCUGGGCAGUGCAUGAUUAAAAUCCUAAAUACGAAGCCAAUCAGCUUUGUCUAGUCUGGACUGAAGAUCCCUUACUACCUCUCCUAAUAAAUGUUAAUAUGAAUUAAGAUUGUUACAUAACUUAAUGGUUAAAAUAUAACUUGUUAACAGUUUUACACUGUAAAGGACAGACUAGGCCACAUUUUCCUUAAACUGGACUGAGAGCUGUGGUGUUCACGUUUAUUACAAAGCCUAAAAUGUAAAGUCACAGGUUUGUGGGAGUUUUUCAGGUUAUACCAGAAACCGUCAGAGAAACAGAAUCAUAUGUCAGAAUCAGAGUCAUAUGUUUGUUUAAAUACAGAGACAAUGCCAAAAUUAUAAGCUGUGUGUGUUUACUGUUAAGUCAGUGGCUUAAUUUUAUCAUAAUUCUUUCGGUUGCUGUGCAUAGGCAUGUAUACAGCUGUUUUGACACAGAUAGACCUAAUCCUAAAUUGCUCCCUACUGCUUACAUCAUUGUACUACUACCUUGUACACAGCAACGUUGCUUCUACCCUAUAUGCAGUGCACUAUGUAGCCAAUAUAACAUGUAUGUGAACUAUUCUUUUAAUGAACCUUAAGAGGCACAGUGUUCUGGAGUUGCGGUGUCUAAAUCCCCAAGGUUACACGUCACAGACCAUUUUGAACCAUAAACUAGCAAGUUGUUUGUCGACUUAUUUCAAAACUACUGUGCGGGACCUUGAACAGAUAAGGUGCAGAAGUUCAAAAUGUACUUUAUUUUCCAGUCUGCUUAAUGUAAAGUAAAUUAUAUGUUGUAAGCCACCAUGCCCUGAUAUGAAUGUAACUGUAAUAAAGAUAUAGUAACCAGCUCUGUAAAUCCAACUGUAUCCCAAUAGAUUUGCUGAUGAAUGAUAAUUAACUUUUCCCCAGUAUUGAACACUCAUGAACCAUGACACACAAUGGAACCCAACUACAAACCCAUAAAACAAAUAUAAAUUAAGUAGAUUUAAUUAUAUUUGGAAUGUAUGCCAAUACUUAUUUUUGAUAUACCUUUACAUCUUUGUCUUUUUGUCACUACCAAUAAAGUGUAUCUAAUCUCA